UUUCUUUCUAGCUGUCAUUGAAGUGAAUCAUCAGGAUAAGUAGCCAGCUCGGAGCAUUCCUCCUCAGUUGUGUUAGAACUUGCUGGGGGUCCCCGAGAACCAGCAGAGGUGUGUGCUGGCAGCAUUUCAACACAGGGAAGGAGAAGACAGACCAGAGCCCGAGGAUCCGAGGGUCCUCGAGGUGAAUUUCCAGCUGUGCUACCGGAACACUAGCCCAAUCUGACGCCUUCCGGCAGAAGAGGUGGCUUGUUUUCCGUGAGCCUUGAGGACAAUUAUAGUGAUCCAUACGUGAAACUUUCAUUGUAUGUAGCAGAUGAGAAUAGAGAACUUGCUUUGGUGCAGACAAAAACAAUUAAAAAGACGCUGAACCCAAAAUGGAAUGAAGAAUUUUAUUUUAGAGUAAAUCCAUCUAAUCACAGACUCCUCUUUGAAGUAUUUGAUGAGAACAGAUUGACACGAGACGACUUCCUGGGACAGGUGGACGUGCCCCUUAAUCAUCUCCCGACAGAAGACCCAACCAUGGAGCGACCCUACACGUUUAAGGACUUUCUCCUCAGACCAAGAAGUCAUAAAUCUCGAGUUAAGGGAUUCUUGCGAUUGAAAAUGGCCUAUAUGCCAAAAAACGGAGGCCAAGAUGAAGAAAACAGUGAGCAGAGGGAAGACAUGGAGCACGGGUGGGAAGUCGUGGACUCAAAUGACUCAGCUUCUCAGCACCAGGAGGAGCUUCCUCCUCCUCUGCCCCCUGGCUGGGAAGAGAAAGUGGACAAUUUAGGUCGGACCUACUACGUCAACCACAACAACCGAUCCACUCAGUGGCACCGACCGACACUGAUGGAUGUGUCCUCCGAGGCGGACAGCAACAUCCGGCAGAUCAACCAGGAGGCGGCCCACCGGCGCUUCCGCUCCCGCCGGCACAUCAGCGAGGACCUGGAGCCCGAGCCCUCCGAGAGUGGAGAGGGCCCAGAGCCUUGGGAGACCAUUUCAGAAGAAGCAGCUAUCGCUGGAGACUCCUCCCUCAGUCUGCCGCUGCCCCCACCACCUUCCUCCCCAUCCUCUCGGACCAGCCCUCAAGAGCUGUCUGAAGAACUAAGCAGAAGGCUUCAGUUCACUACGGACUCCAAUGGGGAGCAGUUUGGUUCUUUGAUUCAGAGGGAGCCCUCUUCGAGGUUGAGGUCGUGCAGUGUCACCGAUGCGGUCGCGGAGCAGGCUCACCUACCACCGCCCAGUGCCCCAACUAGGAGAGCGCGUUCAUCAACUGUCACAGGUGGUGAGGAGCCAACGCCAUCAGUGGCCUACGUGCACACCACGCCGGGCCUACCUUCAGGCUGGGAAGAAAGGAAGGAUGCUAAGGGACGCACAUACUAUGUCAAUCAUAACAAUCGAACCACCACUUGGACUCGGCCUAUCAUGCAGCUUGCAGAAGAUGGUGCAUCUGGAUCUGCCACAAACAGUAACAACCAUCUAAUCGAGCCUCAGAUCCGCCGGCCUCGUAGCCUCAGUUCGCCAACAGUAACUUUAUCUGCCCCACUGGAGGGUGCCAAGGAUUCACCCAUACGUCGGGCUGUGAAAGAUACCCUUUCCAAUCCACAGUCCCCACAGCCAUCACCUUACAACUCCCCCAAACCACAACACAAAGUCACACAGAGCUUCCUGCCACCGGGCUGGGAAAUGAGGAUCGCGCCGAACGGCCGGCCCUUCUUCAUUGACCAUAACACAAAGACUACAACAUGGGAAGAUCCACGCCUGAAAUUUCCAGUACAUUUGCGAUCGAAGGCACCUUUAAACCCCAAUGACCUUGGCCCUCUGCCUCCCGGGUGGGAAGAAAGAAUCCACUUGGAUGGCCGAACAUUUUAUAUCGAUCAUAAUAGCAAAAUAACUCAGUGGGAAGACCCAAGACUGCAGAAUCCAGCUAUUACUGGCCCGGCGGUUCCUUACUCCAGAGAAUUUAAGCAGAAAUAUGACUACUUUAGGAAGAAAUUAAAGAAACCUGCUGAUAUUCCAAAUAGAUUUGAAAUGAAACUUCACAGAAAUAACAUUUUUGAAGAGUCCUAUCGGAGGAUCAUGUCUGUGAAAAGACCAGAUGUCCUAAAAGCUAGACUGUGGAUUGAAUUUGAAUCAGAGAAAGGUCUCGACUAUGGGGGUGUGGCCAGAGAAUGGUUCUUCUUACUGUCCAAAGAGAUGUUCAACCCCUACUAUGGUCUCUUCGAAUACUCCGCAACGGACAACUACACACUUCAGAUCAACCCCAAUUCAGGCCUCUGUAAUGAAGACCAUUUGUCCUAUUUCACUUUUAUUGGAAGAGUGGCUGGUCUGGCAGUAUUUCAUGGGAAACUUUUAGAUGGUUUCUUCAUUAGACCGUUUUACAAAAUGAUGCUGGGAAAGCAGAUAACUCUGAAUGACAUGGAAUCUGUGGAUAGUGAAUACUACAACUCUUUGAAAUGGAUCCUAGAGAAUGAUCCCACUGAACUGGACCUCAUGUUCUGUAUCGAUGAAGAAAACUUUGGGCAGACAUAUCAAGUGGAUCUGAAGCCCAAUGGGUCUGAAAUAAUGGUUACAAAUGAAAACAAAAGGGAAUAUAUUGACUUAGUCAUCCAGUGGAGGUUUGUGAACAGGGUCCAGAAGCAAAUGAACGCCUUCUUGGAGGGAUUCACAGAACUGCUUCCUAUCGAUUUGAUUAAAAUUUUUGAUGAAAAUGAGCUGGAGUUGCUGAUGUGUGGCCUCGGCGAUGUGGACGUGAAUGACUGGAGACAACAUACUAUCUACAAGAACGGCUACUGCCCAAACCACCCUGUCAUUCAGUGGUUCUGGAAGGCUGUGCUGCUGAUGGACGCUGAGAAGCGUAUCCGGUUGCUGCAGUUUGUCACGGGGACGUCCCGAGUACCUAUGAAUGGAUUUGCUGAACUUUAUGGUUCCAAUGGUCCUCAACUGUUUACAAUAGAGCAAUGGGGGAGUCCUGACAAACUGCCCAGAGCUCACACAUGCUUUAACCGCCUUGACUUACCUCCAUAUGAAACCUUCGAAGAUUUACGAGAGAAACUUCUCAUGGCUGUGGAAAACGCUCAAGGAUUUGAGGGAGUGGAUUAAGCGCCCCUGCCUCGGGUGGUGGUUCGUCCAGCAAGUCCUGCUUGCACUUUUGCAUUUGCCUAACGGACUUUGCAGAGACGAUGGCAGGGAGCAUUGCACAGCAUGGCUCCUGGAGCAGAGCCUUCGCCCGUGACUUGCCCAAGUCCAGACGUGGGAACCCAGUCCCAGGUCCCGUUUCUGCAUUUUCCACCGUGAAUUAUCAUCUGGUUGAUGUGUACACUAAUUACAUUUCAGGAGGACUUAAUUCUAUUUAUGUUGUGCCUCUAUAGGCAAAGCCCUUAAUAAAUAUUUUGCAUACUUUAUAAUGACAAUGAAUGGAAUUAAUCACUCUACAGGUAUAGUAUUACAACUCAUGUUUACUUUUUGAAAAUGAUUUAGACCGAUUUUCCGAUUUCAUUUCAUUACAAUUAAAGAUGUCUCAUGUACUUGGAAAAGUGAGCAUAUAUUUUUUUUGUAUUUGACUUUGAUGCCAGGUUUAAUGUCUGUGACAUUUUUGCUUUUGAAGUACUUUGACACCCCUACGCUCGACUUUAUUAGAACUGGAAGACUGGUUUAUGUCCAAAUCGUUCUUACAGACAAGUACUUUGAGAGCAUUUAAAGUAUAACAUUAGGCAUAAUGAUAAUUUUUUCCAUACUCAAAAUGAAAACAAAGUGGAUAUUAGAUUUUUUUGUACAAAUUUAGCAUAAUCGCUACAGGCUGGGAGAAUUGUACCAUAGCAUGACAAAUUUUGUGUUGACUGGAAGGAAUCACACCAUUAUUCCCUAAAGUACUCACAGGUGUUCUAACACAUUUGAGAUGGGGUUGGGCAGUCAUUUCUUAUAGGAGAAAUUACUUAACCCUUUCUGAUGCUGUACUUUAUCUUUUAUUAUAUUUCCCUCUUUGCUGUUCUGGGCAGAGACAUUUAUUUGAAUGAAACUCGGCACUGCCUGAUCUGAAACUGGAAACCAGAUCUGUCUAGUCUCCUGUUGUACGCGUUUGCUGAUAAUUGCUAGAUCACAGUUGUUCUAACUGCACCAAUUCCGAAGGCACUUUAUGUACUACGUGGAGGUCAUACCUGGUUUGGUUUGUGUUUUGUUUCUUGUGGACAUUAAAUCUGAUGAUUAUUUCUCUCCCUGCACACAUCUUUCUGGUGCCAUACCUGUCAACAGUGAAUCUGGCUGCUGGUGUAUAGAACCUGGCUGUGAAGCUAAGCUGACAGACCUGUCCUCGCCGAUCAUUUUUUGAUUUCUGCUCAGAGAUGGGUUUAAUACGCACGCGGUUGAACCAGCUUUGUUCCCUGUGGUGUGUUGCAUGCUGCUUCCGUGCUGUGGGCUGCCUGUGUCUGUCAUGUGCCAGAUGAAACCCUCUGUGGCCAGGCUGUCGCGCUGGUUGGGGGGCAGGGUGGAGGAUGUGUGCACAGUGUGAUCCUUUGCUGCUGUAAUUCCUGGUGCAGAAUUCUGUUUUGAGAGAUCACCUGAGGCAGUGUGGGAGUUCAGCCCUGCUGGCCUUCUUACUCUGUGAGGUCCUAGACCCUGCGGUGGUUACCAGGGAACACUAGAGAUCUGAUCUCUCGCCAGUCAUAAAUAAGACAAAAAUGGUGGCUUUAGGGCCUCUGUUUGUUAUGCAAGAAGGACCUUUUGGUGGAAGAAAUUCUGUUUUGUGGCUUGUGAGAAGCUGUGUGUCUGUGGUUGUAAAUGAGCUAAAGUCCACGGUGUCUAAAGAAGGUGGGUUUCUGCCAAGCUGAGGACUGGCUCCCUUUACAUAUUGACUUUAAAGUACCUAAUAGUGAUCAGAAAACGUAGAUCCUGAGUAAUUAGGGAGAAAAAACCACAGUGUUGCUCAGUAUUUUUAUUUGUUGGUGGGAAUCUCCCCCCGCCCCCAACAAAUGUCUCAGUGGCAAAACCCCUUCUUACAGUCCCUCCUUGUCCAGGGUCAGCUUUCUUUGUCAGACUUGUGCCAGAGCCUGGGUGAGCAGCGUGCUGGGUGGGUUCUGAGAGUGAUCAUGUGACUGGAGGGGAAGAAAUCCAGCAAUUCUGGCAUAAAGACUGGGGGUCUUCUAUCACUUUUAAAUUAUAUAUUCAAAAUCAGAGUAUUUGUUAAAUGCAAGUUAGACAAAGUAUUAAAAAUAUGAAAGAAAAAAAUCACUCUAAGAUAAUCUGUAUACCAGGAACAGAUGAGAAUUAUCCACAUAUUGCCCCUAUAAAUAUUUCAAUAGCAGUGAUUGUGAAUGACAGUUCAGUUCAUCUAUUCCUUAAUAUCUGAUUUCAAUAACAGCUCAAUAGUGCUGGGUUUGAGAUUCAUUUUUGCUUGUUUGUAAUCCAAAUAAGGUUCCUUAGUUCUCAACAAUUCUGUGUUUCACUCCUUGUUGAAAGUAGUCAUAUCUCUUGUUUCCUCUAAAUCUUGACCACUCUGCGUCAUCUUCGGGACGUAAUGACAGCAGGCAGUAAAGAAAGCAUGUCAGGUGAGGAGCGGAAGGCUGGGUCAUUCCAUGGGCCUCCACCGCUCUGGUCAGCAGCCUGCGUCACCCUUUCUAGGUGUCCCCAGCAGUGACCCUGCUCCGGAGUCCAGGGAGCCUCUGUUUCCUUAGAAAUCACUUGAAUCCACAUGUGUGUGUUAGUUCCUAGAAGGCAUGGUUAUCAUGGGCCGGUUUGCCUUGAGUUUAGGAGGUAAGUUCCCCCGUUUACAUACUACAUGUUGAAGGUCUGUGAACAUCAGUUAUCACAACCGUCUGUUCUGGCUGUUUCUCUUCCUGCCUCUUGUUGACCUGGAGAUCAAUUAGGAAGGUCCUCCUGGUGGGAUUAGCUUCAGGGGCUGUGCUGCCUGGGGAAAAGGAAACAACGAGCCUUUGUCUGUUUGGAAGUUGUGUCUGUGUUCCCCGUCAGCGCUCUUCUCUCUAGUUCCCCAAACAUUUCCAUUAUUUACCUUCCUGUAGCCAGGCCUCUGCCAGGUCACAGUGUGAGAUGCCUCUUUGUUGUUUCCAGGGCCCCCUGGUAGCUAACAUCAGGUAUUCCCUAAGCGUCAGGUGACCAAUGCUAUCAAGAGACCUGACACGGAUUAUUCCUCCCGCCUUCUGAAAAGUGGUUUGCAAAACAUUUGAAACACUUUCUCCAUCUCACAUUGUUAAGAUAAAAAUAGACAGCAUGUACUAUUGCUGUUUGAUCUUGCCAGGUCCAAAUUGGCUCCCUUAAAAGCCAAGUUCAUAUGCAACAAAUUACUAAUUGUUCUAACAAUUGCUAAUUGCUAAACACUUGACUAGUAUUUUCCUAAGUCUUAUCUCUCAGCUCUGAAAUUUUAAAACCUAGAAAAUGAGCCUGGGUUAAACAAUUCUCGAUCUCCUGCCUACUGUGCUAGCUGUCCUUCCUUUGCCUCUUUCCUCCUCACCCAGAGUCUGCACCCCUGGACUGACAGGGAGGGGAGGGACGUGCAGUCUGGUGUCGUUUUCCGCCUUGCCAAUAGGGGGUGCUACUGUGCAGGGUAACUGCCUGGUCUGCUCCCUUCCUGACCCCAGGAGAUCACUACCUCUCUGGCAUCCAGGCUUUGGGAUACAUCCUGAUAAGUCAAAACUGCCAAUUUCAGGUCUGAGAAGUGUUUUUAAAAAUCCUUACAAACUUCACUUUGUACUUUAGAUUUUAAAACUGGGAAGAAAAUGUGAUAUACUUUGGACCACUUUUUUUUUUUAAUUUAUCUAAGCCUUAAUGAACAGUGUAUAUACCCUUGCAUAUGUCUACACACACACACACACACACACACACACACACACACGAGAGUUUUCAGUGUGUCAGAAAAUGCCGUAGCAUUAGGACGUGAGCUGUAUAAUGUUUUAUAGAAAAGGAGAGCUUUCUGUGUGAACUUUUCCAAGAAAACCUCUCAUCAGACAUCUCUCCAUCUUUAAAGGUGUAACGCGCGGCAAUGCAUGUUUAAAAUGCAUGUCUUUCUGUUGGUUAGUCUGUUUGUAAGGAGCCACAAUAGGACUCCAACGACAUUGGCCACAGACCUCUGUGAAUUGCGUUCUCAGCCUUGUACCUGUGCAUCGCCAGCCUUUCUCGUGACCGUGACCCUGUGUCUGCAGACAUCUGUGUUCCCAUAGAAGCCAGUUUGCAGCUCCUACUGAGACUGAUUUCACCUAGAUUGUCACGGUUUCCUUCAUGUAAUAGUUCUGCGUAACUUUGUUCUUUCUCUACUAUGUAUGUAAAAUAUUUAUAUACAAAUAUGCAUACAUAUGCUGUCCAAAUAUAUAUGUAUAUAUUUGUAUAGCAUUUUUACGCCUUUCUUGAGCAGUCUGGUUUUGAAAGGGAGUGAGAGCUUAGUUCCUUCUGGUUUUCUCCAAGCUGUACCCUGAGAAUUCUGACCCUCGGAGCCAGAGAGAACCCCCCCCCAAGAUGAUGUUAAUAUGCUGUCAUUUAUUCAGGAUCGAUUAUCAAAUGAAACAUGAAAAAAACACAGUGACAUUGAAGGUGAAAAGAGUUUCAAGCAUUCCAAAUGAAUUCUCAGUGUUUCAUAACUUUGUCUGAUAAACCCACCACCUGAAAAA